CGUCAAUGUGUGAGCGGAGCGUUAUCUGUGUGCGUGUCGGUUGGUUCUCGCGCGCGUCGCACCAUUGUUGCUUGCAGUGUAGCCGCGACGCUCGGCCGGUUGUGAUUACUGGUUUACAACAAUCUACCGGUAAACAAAAUAAUGCGUGUACGUAACUAGUAACAACGUUGAUCGCGAGUGCAACAAUCGACGACAGUGUGUGAUAACGUGGUGUUGUGUUCAAACUAGUGAGUUCUUGGACGUGUUCUGUGGAUCGGCGCGGACUACGCGAUGAUUAGAUUAAAUCCAAGGCGAAAUCAAACGGAAGACCUCAACAUUAGCAUUUUAAGUUCAACCUGACAAAAGUUAUCUGUGAUCUCAUUAAGUUAGUUUUAGUUAACAAAACAAUCGCCUAACUAUUAGUGCGCGAGGCAAAUAGGAACGAUUGAAUAGCAAAUGUUGAUAACCAUCCGGCUCGAAGGACCAUUUUAAGUUGAGUGAUUAAAAUGGCUGCCGCAAUUUAGUACUCGGUCAUGGAUGACAGAUAGUAUGUGUUGAAGGAUGGGAUAAUGGAAGUUGGGGCGGUCGGGUCUUGAAAAUGCCGCAUGCGCACUCGAGUUCUGCGGCGAGCUCGGGCGGCGACGACCUGGGCUCCACGGACGAGGUCAAAGUAUUUAAGGACGAAGGAGACGGGGAAGACGAGAAGAGAAGUUCGGAGAAUUUGUUGGAGGAGAAGUCUAGUCUUAUCGAUUGGACGGAGAGUGAGGAAAAAUCCGGUGAGCCGUAUUCCGGUAAACUAUCCGUGAAGUCGGAUCUUAGUCCUGUUUUUGGUAAAUUCGAGCCUCACCCAGCCGCGAGCUUCAACAUGGGCUACCUCAUGGCACCCUACCCCUACCCCAAUGGCGGAGCGCAUCCGUUGCCCGUCUCUAUGGCGAGCAAGAUGGGUCUUCCAGCGGGGGGAAGUUUAUCCCUGUUCUGUCCCGGGGGCGACCUGGGGCAGCCCCCGCCCGCGCACAUGGGCAUCCCCCCACCUUACCAGCUAGACUCCAAAUUAGCGGCGGGUCUCGCGCGGUCGCCGAUGUACCCCUUUCCUGGGGGUACGUACCCCUACCCCAUGCUCAGCCCCGAGAUGUCACAAGUAGCGGCCUCGUGUUUGUACAGGCAUACCCCGAGCAUGUACCCCAUAUCGUCGGCGGCCAGCGGGUUUCGGAGUCCGUACCCCACGACGCUGCCUAUCAGCACUUCUAGUCUAUCGAGUGAAUUGUACCGGUUCUCCCCAACGCUGGGCGGCGGCCUGGGCCUGGGGUUAGGUCCAGCGCUGGUGGCGCCUCCCCCCUCCAAGUCAGAUCUAUUCACACACCAUUCGAGGUCACAAGAAAAAGGCACAAGCAGUAGCUCCUCCGAUAAACCAUCAGACUCCUCAAGCAAUAACAAGGAGCAAAACAAGAAGCCACACAUAAAGAAACCUUUAAACGCCUUCAUGCUAUACAUGAAGGAGAUGAGAGCGAAGGUGGUUGCCGAAUGUACGUUGAAGGAGUCUGCGGCCAUCAACCAGAUAUUGGGGAGACGGUGGCAUUCGUUGAGUCGCGAGGAGCAAGCAAAGUACUAUGAGAAAGCCAGGCAAGAGAGACAGCUCCAUAUGCAGCUGUACCCCGGCUGGAGCGCGAGGGACAACUACGGUUACGGUUCCAAAAAGAAAAAGCGGAAAAAGGACCGCGGUCCCGCUGAGCUGGGAGGAAAUAAUUUGAAGAAAUGUCGAGCGAGGUAUGGCCUCGACCAACAGAACCAAUGGUGCAAACCUUGCAGGCGGAAGAAGAAGUGCGUGCGAUACAUGGAAGCCCUGGCAGCAGCCUCGGGGACCGUGCCCCUGCCGAUGGCGACCCCACAGUCCCCCUGUUCUGAGGAGGACGUCAAACUCGAGGAGUUGUCCGACGCGUCGAGCGAUGAGGCUGAUACUCCCCUCAACUCCGCCUCUAGCCCAGGAGGAUUGAGUGCCCUGUCGUCUCUAGCUUCACCAGCGUCUGACCCGCCUCCACCACCAAGGAACCCAGUGGGGACGAACCCUAGAGACGCAAACAACCCACUAUCCGUCGGCCAGCUAACGUCCCAGUCAUGGCCCCGCGCAGCCCAAGCGCGGCCUGGACACGAAGUGAUAUCAGUCUCAUAGUGACGGUGGAACACGUCCGGUGCCCUCGAAAGCGCGGACGCGACUGACCAACCAGCCGUGAAAAUUUUCAAAUUCAGAACUACCGCCUCGUUAUACUUUAUGACGAUUUUAACUUUUUCGAACAUAUUAUUAUCGCACGCAACGGACGCUAAAAAGAAAGUUGGAAUUGUAAUAGAGUCUAAUUUGAGUACGCUUCACUGUUUGCUGACUGUAGUUUGAUAUUUAUUUCUCAAAUGGACUAUAAAAAAAAUAGAGAUAAAAAAUAGAGAGUGAUUAUCAAAACUUUUUCGGUAGAUAGUCAUACAGUGACAUCUGUUGUGAAACUUCGGAAGUAAUUAACAACGCCAUCUAUCGCGCUGGUUCGGAAACAGGUCGUGUAGUGAUAAAACAAGGUACCAUUGAAAACUUUUAACUGGUUUCAGCGAUAACAGAUUGUUUUGUCGGGUGCUAAUUAGAGACACGGGUUUUGUGUGAUAUUUUGGGAAUACCCACAUUUUUGCAGCUUCAAUUUUAGUUUAUAUUUGAUAAAAAAGUCACAAGCGAUACUUGAAAUAGCAUGAAGUGAUAUUUUUUCGUUAUUUUCAAAUGGCCUAAUGCAUUUAUUUGUUAUGUAAACAAAAUGUGCGGUAUUUCUUUAAAAUCAGACUGUUCUGUGAGAGUUAUAAAUCUAUAUUGACGUAUAAUAUAAGAUCCAUCAACUUUAUAAUAAGUCCCGAUAAGUCAUCAUUUGAUCUCAAAAUUGUGAGCCCAUAUCAAGUCAUUUCUGAGCAUUUUGAUACCCCACUUUCGCUAUGUACCCCAACACCUCUUAUUUCCAUGACUAGUCACAUUUUCCUGUGCCAUCAGAUAUUCCAUAGUCCUCGAAAGUUUUUCAUGGCUGGCUUCCUAUUUUUUAUUAUUAUUUGGCUUACUUACUUUUUAUAUUAUUUAAAUUUUGGAAACGUCGUCAAUGGCUUUAGUUAUAUUGAUUUAUUGACUGUCCCUUUUUUGUAACAAUAUCAUUAACUUGAUAAAUGGAGUUUCUUUGUUUUUUUUUUUAAAUUAGGAUUUACUUCCUAUAAUCGACUAUUUGUUUUAAUCGUAAAAGAAAAAGUAUAAUGUUGGUUAAAUUUUUAAAAACUUUAUGUAUUUUUUUUUAAACUUUUGACACGGACUAAGUACACUCAAUCAACACCGAGCGAUUUUCGCUUCUACUGCUCUCUUAAUACGGACGUUUUUUAUCCUAAUCUAUUUAAAAUUUCUUGACGGCCUGCACCAGAUAAAGGUUCCAUGUAGCAUUAGAAUUUGAUUUAAGUUUUUAAUUAAGACUUCGCUCCAUGCAAAGCUGGACGGUAACAUGUUUUUAUAUGUAAUAUAAAGAACUAGUUACAGUAACUAUCACUUUUAUAAGUUAUAUCGGAAAAUUAGUUUGCGCAGAUAAGCACAAUCUAACGCGGACUAAAACUGAAUGUACACUAAUGAAAUAUAGACCUUAUUGCGUGACGUUAAGAUUUUAAACGCAAUAACAACAGAGAUCGUGCUAUCUCGCUCAUAAUUCGCGCAAAACAUGACGGGUAAGCGACAACCAAUAGCAGACAGGCGCGCGUUAUGAUUGGCUGAGAUAUUUUCGCGCCAUUAUAUCGGCGUAUCUUAUGAUAGUGGUAGUAUUGUAAAGGCGUUUGUACUGUGGAGUGCGUGUGGAAUCCAAGCUGCUACCGUCGCGUUUUGUAUGGAGUCGAAGCCUUUAAAAUCCCUUCGCGGCACGCUUGUGUAUAAAGUAAAGAUUUAAGGCAUAGCGAAGGGAAACCUGUUUUUCCGUUGUGCGGAACUUAUUAGACUGUCUGUAGAUUAGAUUAGGCACGUUGUAUGAGUGAAGUUAUUAUACGACAAUGUACCGACAGCAUUUAAAAAAUAUUUAUCAACUACCCACAUUUC